AUGAGUGCACAAGUUAAUCCAGUUGCAGUUUCAGUGGCAAGUUUCUUGCGUAAGAAUGAAACUCUAAAACAACGUCAAGGUUUAAUCGCUGGUAACGUUAAGGAUUUUUUCAGAUUUAAAAGAGCUGAACGUGCAUUAUUAUCAGAAUCAUAUAAAGAAAAACAAGCUAAUCCAAAAAAUCAAUUACCUCCAAUUAAUGAUUCCACUGAUGUCCAUGCAGUAUUUACCCUAUUGAUUAAAAAUCAAUUGGUUUUACCUUUUAAAAAACUAACAACUUCAGAAGCUAGAGAACAAGGUUUUAUCCCAAAAAAAGAUAAACCUGUUUUAAUUCAAUCACCAAGAGCAGAUCUGAUACCAGAUGAAUAUUAUGUUUGGUUUUACGUACAAAAAUCCAUUUGGGAUUCAUUAAUGGGAUUUGGACUCUUGGCUGGUAUUUUCACAUUAAUUUUAUUCCCAUUAUGGCCAUUAUUUAUGAGAAAAGGUGUUUGGUAUCUAUCAAUGGGACUUUUAGGUUUAAUUGGGUUAUUCUUUGUCAUUGCCAUUAUCAGAAUGAUUUUAUUUGGUAUCACAUAUUUUGUUUUAAGUCCUGGAUUAUGGAUAUUCCCGAAUUUAUUCGAAGAUGUUGGAUUUUUUGAUAGUUUUAAACCUUUAUAUGAAUGGAAUUACUCAAAAGAGAAGAAAUCUAAAAAAUCUAAAAAAGCUAAGAAAACUGUUGCUCAAUCACCAUUAGAAUCAGUUGAAAAUCAAGCAUCAACAACAACAACAACUACUAAUAAUAAUAAUGCCACUGGUACAGGUGCUAAUGCUAAUGAAGGUGCUGCAAAUGUCAGACGUAGAGCUACCCUGGAGGAAGUUGAAGAAUAG